CCCACGUGAUUGUGCCGAAGAGUUUGAUACAAAGUGACCCGCAGCUGAAAUUGACUCGAGUGAACUCGCCGCUUGUAACUUUCACUCAUUCAGCCUGCGCUCCCACUGCGCCGGAUAAAACUGUCGUGAACCUCUAUUUUCGUGAAUAAAAAGGUAUUGGAUUUCUUCCCACCCCCACCCCCAAGUCAGGAUGCCGGAACAGAUCAGCAUCUCCGAGUUUGUGAGUGAAACUUUGGAGGACAUCAACUCGCCGAUCACCUCCAACUUCACCUCGAAAAUGAUGAGCUGCAGGAACACGGUGUCUGCUCUGGAAGAGUCGCUGGAAGCAGAUCAGGCCAUCCUACUGAAGAUGAAGAAGUUGAUUAAAGCCAUUCACUCCUCUGGACUCUCACAUGUGGAGAAUAAGGAGCAGUACAUUGAAGUUCUGGAAAGCUUUGGGAACCACCAUCUAUCUCAAAACAAGAAUGAGUUGUCUAUGGGUUUCCUUAAUCUUGGUGUUUUCACACGUGAAGUAACAGCACUCUUUAAAAACCUGACUCAAAACAUGAACAACAUCCUUUCCUUUCCAUUGGACAGUCUCCUGAAAGGCGAUUUGAAGGAAGGAAAAGGGGAUCCAAAGAAACUCAUUGAAAAAGCUUGGAAAGACUAUGAAACCAAAGUCAAUAAAAUUGAAAAGGAAAAGAAAGAUCGUGCCAAGCAAUUUGGAUUGAAUCGUUCAGAACUCAGUGCUGCUGAACUCGCAGAUGACCUGGACAAAGAACGAAAGAUGUUCCAACUCCAGAUGUGUGAAUAUCUUCUCAAGGUGAACGAAAUAAAGGUUCGAGAAGGCCCUGACCUAAUCCAGAGCCUCAUCAAGUACUUCCAUGCUCAGCAAAAUUUUUUCCAGGAUGGUCUCAAGGCAGCUGAAAGCUUAUCACCUUUUGUGGAAAAAUUGGCUGCAAUUGUACACACUCUGAAACAAGCACAAGAUGAGGAGAUGAAACAGCUGACCCAGAUCAGAGACUCCCUGAGAUCCGUACUCCAAGUGGAUCACAAGGAGGAUGGUUUGAACAGGAAGAAUUCAGGCUACAGCAUCCAUCCACUUCCAGGGAACCGUCUGUAUGGUACAGAAAAAUCUGGUUUUCUAAACAAAAAGAGCGAUGGGAUCCGAAGAGUGUGGCAGAAGAGGAAGUGUGGGGUUAAAUAUGGCUACCUCACAAUAUCACACAGUACAAUUAACAGGCCUCCAGCCAUACUCAAGCUGCUGACCUGUCAGGUGAAACCAAAUCCCGAAGAAAAAAGGUGCUUUGAUCUUAUAACACAUAAUCGAACAUACCAUUUCCAAGCUGAGGAUGAACAGGAAUGUCAAGCAUGGGUUUCUGUGUUACAGAACAGCAAGGAAGAGGCACUCAACAAUGCCUUUAAAGGAGACAAUGGCAACGGCAGCAAUGACACUGUACAGGAACUGACCAAGUCAAUCAUUGCUGAGGUCAAAGGCAUGCCAGGCAAUGAGGUGUGCUGUGACUGUGGUGCUGCAGAUCCUACUUGGCUGUCUACCAAUCUGGGCAUUGUCAUCUGUAUUGAAUGUUCUGGAAUUCAUCGAGAAUUGGGUGUCCACUAUUCCAGAAUACAAUCUCUCAUGCUGGAUGUACUAGGCACGUCUGAACUCUUGCUUGCUAAUAACAUCGGAAACACUAGGUUGAAUGAGAUUUUUGAGGCAAACUUGCCGGCUCAGUGUGGAGUAAAACCCACUUCAACCAGUGACAUGAACUCUCGUAAGGAAUUUAUUACGGCAAAAUACGUGGAGCACAAAUAUACAAAGAAAGGUGUUUGCGAGGAUGGGUGGAAGCUGUUUGAGGCCAUUCGGAACAAGGACAUCCUGAGUCUGCUGCAGAUGUACAGCGAGCGUGUGGAUUUCAGUGCAGCACUCAGCCUGCCAGAUGGACAGGAUCUUGGGGAAACACCGUUGCACCUUGCUGUGCGGUUGGCAGACAGAACAUCGCUGGCUUUGGUUGACUUUCUGAUCCAGAAUGGGGGUGGCCUGGAUGUGAAGACAACAGAGGGGAACACCCCCCUUCAUUACUGCAGCCUGUACAACAAAACCGAGAGCCUGAAACUGUUACUGAAGGCAAAGGCCAGCUUGCAGAUCGGUAAUGCGGCUGGAGAGACUGCCUUGGACAUUGCAAAGAAAUUCAACCACUCCCGUUGCGAGGAACUGCUUGAUCAAGCACUGUCUGGGAAGUUUAACCCUCCUGUUCACGUGGAGUACGACUGGCUAGUGCAACAAGACUUUUCUUACGACAGUGAGGACGACUUGGAGGAAAAGGUCAGUCCUUUGCAAAGGUCAUUCAAAUCCAUUGGCCAACUCUCUCCUCCGAUUGCUUCCAUCACAUCUCCACCAUUUGGGAACCACAGCCCUUCUGGCUCCAAGAAGGAAAGAUGGAGUUUCACUGGCUCCAAUAUUGUGAAUGAGACGUACGGAGCAGUGGUCCUUCCCUCCAAGGCAUCUGCUCAUUCACCAACCAGCAACACCACGCCACCACCACUGCCUGUCAAAACCUUCACCAGGGCUGGGUCCGUUGAUGGACAGAACAAACGAUGCUCCCUUGGGAACGGUCCUGUACUUGCCCCAUCACCGAGUCAUGGGAUCACACCUGCCAAAGCGCCAGGACGCCCGGACAUGCUUUGGAGACACUCCAUUGGUGGAUCGAGCGAGAUCUCGAGCUCUCAGACCAAGUCAAACUCUCAGACCAGAAUGUCCUAUCACUGGGGAAGUCAGACACUGCCUGAGGUGCCGGACUGCAGGAGGCAAGGGUCACAGAGUAAAGCACCCCUUCAGAACACAGAGCAGCACCAUCCCCCCAGCCACCCAGUGCCAGCACCAGAGCCCCCACUGUCGGUGAGUCCUAACCGUGUAACGUUCACCAGAAAACCCAGCAGAGAAGAGGGAGUAAAGAAGCCAAGAGGGGAAUACCUCUCGCCGACAGACUCGAGUUCAAGGAGUCGGGAAGAUGUUUAUAUUGUUCCAGAAAGCUCCAAACCAAUCCCUGUGCCGCUGCCGAGGAGGUCAGUUGGGGUGAAGCUGAAGCAGAAGCGAGUGAAGGCAAUCCUGGACUGUACAGCGGACCAUCCCGAUGAGCUGACCUUUAGUAAGGGGGAGGUCAUUGUUGUGACUGGAGAAGAAGAUUCAUUUUGGUGGGUCGGACAUGUAGAAGGAGACAAAUCACGAUCGGGAGCCUUCCCAGUGGACUAUGUCCAUCUCUUGUCUGAAUGAAGAGCUCCCUGCUCAUAGGAGGAGUUUUGAGAGCACUUGACUUUGCAAACUACUCAGGAAGCCAUUCGGAAUGCUUGGGAUGAGGCCGGAUGCCUUUGCUCAGGAUAUCAGCUUGGCUACCUUCUGAUAGGAUGCCCUUUGAGGAACUUCAAAGAUCCUAUUCUUAUUGGUAUCAUGGAAAAGUCCUGGACAUUGCAACUGAGCUUGACUCAGACUUGUAAACAAUUUGAGUGUUGGCCAGGCUUCAGCCUAUCGUAUCCAACGUCUGAUUUUGUAUUUAGCACCUAUUCCUUUUGUGUAUUGCAAUUUAUGGAUUUAUAAAUUUGUCUUAGGCUGAAUGGACUAUGGGCUGGCACUGUUGAACAAUAGCAUUUAAUGUCUAGCCUGAGCAAUAUAUUCCACAAGGGUAGUUUGGGCCCAAGGUUGAGGAUUAUGGUGGGGAGAAUGCAAAGGAUUUGAAGGGUGAAGACACUAAAAGAUGAACCUAGCUUUACUGAGGAAAGCGAUAUGUAUUGGUGAGGCAAGGUUCCCUGCACUUAAACAGAGGGUCAAAAACAUUUGGAACUGCAAACCUAUAGCACGUGUACUGCAGCGACCGAAGAAGGUGCCUUAUCACCACCACCUACUUCAGCAAUUAGGGAUGGGUAAUGAAUACUGUCUUUUGGCAGGGAGCCUCACAUCCCAUUGAAAAAUAAUUAAAGGUGGGACCACAUACCAUGCAGAGACUGAAAACUUAUUGCACAACUUUAGUGCAAAACAGAAGCUGAAUGCUGCAUUAAAUGGUGGGAGUAGUAGGGUCUUGCAGUGUUUUGAACUGAAAUGUUUAUUGCACAAGUUAAAUUGCUGUAUGUUAACCGAGUGUUAUAUUGCACAGUGUGAGAGGAGGGAAGAAGGGAUACCAAUAUAGGAAAACUAUAAAUGCAUCAAUUGAAGUUAAAUCUUUAAUACACUCCACUGACCAUCAAAGAUCAAACCUGCCUGGAAGCUGCUGGAGCUUUUGCAAAAUUUAAAGUUGUUUGGAGCGGGUCAUCACUUCUUAAGAAGGAGACAACCAUACAAGUGUGCAUGCAUUAAGCACACCCUGCAUUCUAAAAUCCUGCCUUUUAACAGAAUCCUUCUGUUUACAGCCACACAAACUGGAACUAGGAAUGAUGAAUAAUUUGAUUUUGGGAGAAUUCCAGUGUCAUUUUGUUUCUGUGACUCGAGGAUUCAUUGCAAUGUCUCUUUCUUUAUAGUAUUUUUUAAUUGACAGUGUUUAAAUAAAUUUUGUCAAAAUGUUG